GAUAUUAUUACCUUUUUUAAUCGUUGUUAUGAAGACUUUAAAACCUUGCUAAUCUCAUCUCAUUUUAUUUCUUGGUCCUUCUCAUCUUGCGGACAUCCCCCUUUCCAUUAGGUAACCAACCACAGUAUCCCUAAGACAGUGCGUAAGUGGUAAUGAUACUGUCAAUUUGCACGGAUCAGUGCACGGUCUCGGCCUGUGCCGGACAGCCGGGUUAGCGCGUUGCCUCGUGCCGGAAAACCGAUCAAACCAGUCCAGGGAAUUUCUCCAAACCGUCAUACUUGGCAUUCAAGAAACCCGACCUGUCGCAUUGAAGACCAUCAACAUUUUUUACAUCCUAUCUUUCAAAGGAGAGUCCAUUCGGCGGAAGAUGACGAGCCACUCAUUCAUUCCAUGAUUGAACACACUCUUUACUCUGAUUCCAGCUACGCUGUCUAACCUGUCUAACCUGUCUAACUUCGCAUGAUGAGCACGUCUCCAAGUAUCGAACUCACCACCACCAGCAGCACAAGCUCGAGGCGCGGCCAGGGCCAAGCCGAGAACAGUCGCCGCUAUGCGCCGCGGCGGACAGGAAGCGCAGGAAACGCAGAAGAGUCUGGGCUAGAGUCCCUACCGCUUGAGCUGCAGUACCUUAUCAUCUCUCACCUGGACUUGACGAGCUUGAUCACCCUACGAGAGACAUGUCCGUUGUACCGCCAAGUCAUCACGGCUGAUGUCGUCGGCAAGCAGUUCACUGCCCCGGACGGCGGACACUAUCCCGUCCUGCAGAGCUGCUGCACUGAAUGUCUGUGUAUGCCGGGACUUGAUCGCCUAAUCAUAGAUACGACGCGUCCAAGCCACAUGUGGCGGUCUAUCUGUUUUCGAUGCUGGCGUUAUCGGAUGAGCCGUGAGAACCAGCGCAAGCACUGGCCGCUGGUCCAAAUGGUCAACGGCGACUAUGGCUACAUAUGCCACUUUUGCACCUGGCCGGUGCACAGCGGCGGCUCUAGCAGCCGGAUUAAAAACAUGCAUGCCCCUUGCCGGGUGAGGCGACUCGUCGUAGUUAUAUCAUGGCUAAUCAUGGCCAUCAUACAAUUCGGCCUCGGCAUGCUGGCUGCUGUGCUAGCGUGGACCAUGUUCCGGAAUACGUCAGCAGUUUUAAUACCUGCUACCAUCGAUUUCUGUCUAGCGGUGAUAGCAGUAAUGAUAUUCGUGGUCCGUGUAGGCACCACGAACGAAGUCACGUACACGCGUGCGCUGGCUGUAGAACUAGUAAUCACGUUCAUCCGCAUCCCCCCCGUUACCUACACCGCACGCGAAACCGUUAUUUCUGAGACGACCCAGGGAGGCCCACUCCCUAAAUUCGGGUUUGGCGUCUUUUUAAUUAACCUAAUAUUCCGGCUUUUAGACACGGUUGGCUACACAUUGCUGAACUGCGGUUAUGACCCACGGAAUAUUUUCCUAGGGCCAAUGCCCUUGAGAAAGAAACUACUCUACGGGUUUUGCACUUUCAUGGUGUGGUUUGCGUUUAUACCAUUUUGAAGACUAAAUAGUUAUAAUAGGUGGCGAAGGCCUCAGGCUUGCCACAUGAACGAUAAUAGCAGCACUAGAUGCUGCAAUGUUAGCGAUUUUGCUAUCGCUUUGAGCGUAUGCCAAUUUACAUCUUCCUCAUUUCCCUACGAUGGGCAUCAUGACCCUAAGGGGUAGUUAGAUUAGCAAAUAGGGAAUCGAACCAUUUUAAGCCAUACGACCUGGCC